AAAUAUAUUCAGCAUGCUGUACAGAAACGUGAUAAGUGUAGUAUCGUUACUGUUGGUUCACUCCUCCCAAUCUUAUGAUGAACUACCUCACACCGCUCUAGAUAAAGUACCUGCUGUCCUCGGAAGUUCUGUUCAGCUCAGGUGCACCAAAAUAAUAAAAAAGUAUUCGGACGACUACAGCCGAUCAGCGGACUGCAACGACAACUACCGUGGUCGUUCCUGCAAACAUGUCUGGACGAGAAAUGAUGAAGAGCUCACCCCGGGUGCUAAAUACAGUUUUAAAAGCAGUCUUACAUUUAAUUACUGUGAGACAUUUGAAUGGACCACUGAUAUCGUGAACAGCAUGAAUAUUGCAGCAGUUCGGGACGAAGAUAAUGACUACUACUACCGGAGAGAGAGAUGGAGUGCUUUGCAUCGGCCCUCACUAUAACAAACGUGACCAAGGACGACCUUGGUGAGUAUGAGUGCAAAUUGACUGAUGAUCAGGAAGAGACUGGAAUAUACAAUGUUCGGAGAAUCACAGUGGUUGACAGUGCGCUUGAAGGAGACCUCCCUGAAAAGAUAGAGUAUUUUGAAAACUUUUACACCCAGAGGAUCAGAUCUAAAUUGUUGAUGCAGUGUGUUGUGACAGGGGGACCUGUUUAUUGGUUUAUCAGAUUUGAUUCUGACCAAUGCAAAAUAUGGGAAGAACAGUACAAUAGUAAGAAGAGUAACCAGUUCAACUCUUGUGUGAAUGACACCAUUCGGCCCAUUGAACAGAUCAGUAAAAUGGAAAAUUGGCGUUGCUUUAAUUACAGCACUGAGCAUCACAACCCAUAUGGUCUUGAUCAAGUCACAGAAUCCUUCAUUUACUUCCAAAACAUAUGUGCACUGGACUUGGCUGGAAUAUACUGCAGUGCUGACCCGGAAGGUACAGUCAUGUCCGAACAGGGUGUUCUUGUUAUCAAGGACGAGUGGGAAAACUAUUACCACGAUUGGGAUAUGAGGUAUACCCUGUCUGUGUUAGGUUAUGUGAUGCUGCCUAUCGUAAUCGGUAUUUUCUUCUUAGUAGGCACGAUUGUAGCGGCUGUCCGGGGUAAAGUGUGUAACUGCUCAUGCUGUGGAGGUGAACAAGGUAAUUAUACGACCAUGCCAAAUAUUCCUCAAUCCCUGCAUUAUGCAGUUCCCGCCCCUCAGGCUUUGCAGCCUCCUCGCAGUUACAUGGUCCCUCAGCCUCCACAGAGUAACAUGGUCCCUCAGCCUCCACAGAGUAACAUGGUCCCUCAGCCUCCACAGAGUAACAUGGUCCCUCAGCCUCCACAGAGUAACAUGGUCACUCAAGCUUGGGUCAACCCUCAGGAUGAUUAACUUCUCCGUGGCCCUUGGAUCUCCUGACUUUAUGAUUCAUUUAAAACUUACCUUAGAUCCAUUGCUAUGAAGCAUCUUGGAGCAUUCAGAAACUUUUUGCAAAACAGCUGUUUUUAUCGCUAUACAUAUAUUGUACAGAACUGUCAGGUGGUAGGACCUGGACAUUGCACUUAUGACCUACCACAAUCAGAUUUUGUUAGAAUUAGAAUUUGCAUGAGUGUUGUGCGCCGUAAAGGCUAAAACAAUCAUAUUGUUCUUAUUUAGCUUAAUUUAUAAUUAAGUUUAGCUCGUUUAACGCUAUGUUUUAAAGAACAUGAUUUUUACAACACUGUUGAAUAUACAAUAAUUUUAUCGUAUUUCUAUAACUAGAAUAGACUAGAAUUAAAAUUAACUAUACAAACUACACAGCAAAUGGUCAACGAUAAUAUUACUAAAUAAUAUUAUUGUGUUUUCAAAAUUAUUCAUCAAAAUUCUAAUCGGUCAGAAUAGUACACAGUACAUAAUAUAAUAUACAAUAUCUUGUUUUUAUAUCAAGAGUAGUUUUUAAAAUGCAAUUGAAGUACUAAUCCUAUAAAAAUCAGAGAAUCUUAAAUUCUCUGAUUUUUCAGCACAAAAUUAAUUUGUUGUUAUAGCAGCAAGACAGUGGUUAAUACCACUUCAGCUUUAUUUUCGAGAUUUUUAUGAAACAAGUAAUGCGAUGAACACCCUACGAGCAGAUUUCCAGCUACAUACUUUAAGUUCUAGAUUUGGAAAAAUGCCAACUUUUGAGCAUGUCCUCAUCGUAUUAGCUUAAUACACAUCGUAUUAGCUUAACUGUACAAAUUAAUAAAUUAUGCAAUUUAUCGCAACUUCGUAAGCUUAGUCUUAAAGUGUUAUCUGAAAUGUUUAAUUUUUCUCUUCCGUGAUUUUAGUUUGAGCUUUCAUUUUUAGUUUUUUUGAAUUUUAAUGCUUGAAUUUUUGAUGCUAAAUUGUGAUUUACAUUUUUUGAUUUAAUAGCCUUGUAGCUGAAUUGAAAAUUAUCAAUUUAUCCAUU